CAUCACAUCAAGAGCUACCCUUUCACGCCCCCACUUUUUCAGACUCGCAACAAUGGCAGCUCAGGCUCAGCAACUUCAGCAGAAGUUCGACUACUUUGUCGCUCAGAUUGACAAGGAGCUCUCCAAGUACCCGCAUCUGGUCAACUUCGAGCGUACCACGAGCGUGCCCAAGGCCUACGCGGCCAUCGGUACCGUCUCGCUCCUGACCAUCCUCAUUUUCUUCAACAUCUUCGCCGGCUUCCUGACGAACCUCAUCGGUUUCGCCGCGCCCGCCUACUUCUCAAUGAAGGCUCUCGAGUCGCCCCAGCCCCAGGAUGAUGUGCAAUGGCUCACCUACUGGGUCGUCUUCGGUGCCUUUACCUUCGCCGAGACUUUCGUCAAUGUCAUCCUCUACUGGUUCCCCUUCUACUACACCAUCAAGACGUUCAUCGUCCUCUACCUUAUGCUGCCUCAGACCCAGGGCGCCAAGGUUGUCUACAGCCGUGUGCUCCGACCCAUCUUUGUCAACACCAAGGCUUCGGUCAACUCGUCUGCAUCGGCUCAGAUGCCCGCUGGUGCCCAGCCUACCCACCCCGUUGGCGUUGGUUCCGACCACUAAGCGUGCGGCGACUUAGGUGUAGCGCAGCGCUGGCGCAUAGAAGGGGGUUGCAGGCGUCAUGGCCAGGCGCUGCGUGCUUUAGGUGGGCGACAAGGUGAUGAGGACGGGAUGUCGGUGCAGCGAGGAAGAGACGCUUAGAGGCUGCAUCAAGCCAGCAUAGCAUCUCUGUCAGCUCCUUACCGCCCCGGCUCACCCCUCUUCCGUUCGCACGCACGAAUAACGAAGACGACGAUGACGACGACGACCGCGACGAGCCACGCCCCUGUUCAUCUCCUCGCCAUCUCUCUACAACUUUCAACCCCGCCUCUGUGUCUUUCCUUCUCCCUCCCUCCGCCAUAUCCCCACCUCCCCUUCUCCCCUCCGUUCCUCGCGACUCGACUUGACCUUCGAUUGUGUUACGCCCCUAUCGCUGCUCGGUCGACUCCAAUGAAAAAUCAAA